UACUGUGAGUAAAGUAUAAUGUCCCACCACACUGACAAAGCUAGGUCACGUGAGAUGUCCGUGCUGUCCGUGACACUGUCCCACUUCUUGUCAUACAUCUGGAUGUUCACAUGUUCCAGGAAUAGAAUUGAAUACCAUCCCCUCAUUUAGUUAUCUACAAUGGGACCUUCACAUUCGUCAAUCAUGAAGACAUACUUGCACUUAAAGAAAACAAGUCUGGUAAGUGCUGAGCAUACGGGGAAAUAUCAAACUUACAGAAAGUAUGGCGCUCGACACUGGAUUUGUAUUUGUGGUGUUAUUCUGGGUGCCGCUAGUGACAGCGAAGCUGAUUGUCUACCCGUCUGCUGAGGGUGCACCGAGAUCCGACAAAUAUCAGAUCUAUGUGACCCAAGGCAGUCAGGUGAGUGAAAGUCACGUGUACAUCACGUGGUCCGACAAUAGGACGCGGGACAGCCCUGUGGUCAUUGGGGGACGCACUUUGUCCUGGACCGCCUUCGCCUUUGAUGAAGCCGCCGUCAGCGUACAGGUGCACACACCCAGGGAUUUCAGUACUUGCCUCAUCAGACCCCGGGGGUACGGAUACUCGUGCACCCGCUCAGGCCCUCAGGUUGCUCAGUUUCAAAUCAUCAGGAAUUCCACAAUGAUGUCUGUAGAGUUUGAUUACGAUAACGGCACCACAGGUGUGAGAGACAUCACAGACAAGUUGCUCGUCUUUGCCGACCCUCCAGAAACGGAGGUCCCAUCAAAAAACGACAGCAGUGUUCUGUACUACGAUGUUGGAGUCUACAACCUGGGCCGGCAGCUCGUGAUACCUAGCAAGAUCAAACAGAUUUACCUGGCCCCAGGUGCGUUUGUUCAAGGAGGAUUCAGAACAUCUGGCGAUCAGUCGGUGAAAAUCUACGGGAGAGGCAUCGUCGAUAACAGCAUAUAUCGAUGGCACGAUUCCAGAUUCCUGUGGGCGGCGAUUUUACUGGAUGACGGGGGAGGUCAUACUGUGGAAGGCAUCACCAUCAGCAACUCUGUGCAGUUCUUUUUGCGGGGACUGAGCAGCGACAACCUCUACCGCAACGUCAAGACGGUCGGUGCCUGGAUCUACAACAACGAUGGGUUCUCCAUCGGCAACAACGGCGCCAUUGAGGACUGCUUCAUCCACGCAAACGAUGACGCCAUCAAGCUGUACGCCAGUGACAUGAGGGUGUCUCGAUGCGUGGUGUGGCAAGCACAAAAUGGCGCAGUCUUUCAAACAGGCUGGUGGCCUGAGAGAGACAUACACAGUAUAACGGUUACAGACAUAGAUGUCAUUCAUACGGACUGGUGCGCCUUCGAGGGCAACAACUGCCUGACCUCUGACAAUAAUGCGGUGUUCAACAUGGCAGGUCAAACUUUGAACGUCUCGGUUUCAGACAUCGAAUUUGUCAGUGUUCGAGUAGAAGGAAAUUGCCCACGCACGAUCUACUGGAAGAUGGCCGCCGGUGCAAGAGGACUUGCCAGCAAUGUUCUCUUUCACAACUGGGAGGUUGAGUCUCAGCCCGCAGACGAUAAAAUCCACAACGAAAUCGCCGGGUCUGGAACCACGGGCAUAGUCAGAGACUGGAUUUUCUCAAACUUGUUUAUUGGAGGUGGUUGUGUUCUCAAUCCCACUUCUGCUAAUUUUCUUAUUGACGGCAACACGACAAGUGCAAUUAACUUUGAAUGUCAAAUUGGUAAACGGUGAGGUGAUUGAGAUAUGUUUUCAGCCGCAGACAAUUGUUGGAAGAUUUGCUAGGAGAAAAUUUUGGUCAUAUUUUUUUAGCUUUGCAAUGCAGUCUAUUGAGAGAAAUUAUGAAAAAUUUUGUAGCAGUUAAUGGACGUUUGUUGCCCUGAAAUGCAAUCAAUUGACUACACACAAACUUAUAUAUAUUGUACAAUAUUGUACCAAGGGGAUUAGAAAAGUGUCAAAAGUUUUCUAUCCUGAAAUUUGUCGAAUAUGCAUGUGUAUUAAAACAAUUACUUUCGUUCAGACGUAAAAUUUUAUUCUUUACUGCUUGAUGCUGAACCCAAAAGCUAGAUACAGUAAUAAAAACAGUUUAUGAAAAUCUGUCAUCUUUCUAUAUCACUAACCGCGAAUAACAAAUGUGGAGAAUGCAGGAUCUCUUUCCAGAAGAAAAGCACAGAGAGAAAAACAAGUGAGUGAGAGAGUACGGGAAGGGCUGCGAUGAGUAUGAACAUGUAAACUGUCUUUGAACUAGUUUACAAACAUAUGGACAGAAAGAUUAUAUCUUUACCAACGCCAUAUUCUACGCCUUCACACGUUUUUUUGUUUCCUCCAACAGUUUUUUUAUCUCUCCAGAGGUUUGUUAGUUCUCUCUUUUUACCACACCCUGCUUUCUGCGAUUGCUGAAUUCCUGAAACGUUUGUCGGAACCGACUUGCUUUUCAUGUACAGUCUGCUUCCGGAUGGAUCUUCUUAUCUUUGAGGUUCACUUUUUUAAUGCUUUUAAUGCGUUGUUUUAUAAGUUUAUUUACUUCAAAGAUUUUUGUUGAUUUAUUGUUGUGUGGAUACAAUCCUUAUCUAUCUCCCUUAGAGAAUACGCUGAUCUCCCCUUGGUCGCUUACUUGCUCCUGAACUUGAUGCACCGGCUGCUGUUGGCGGGCUCUAACUCCUCCCUGCCACUCUGCUUUGAAGUAGCAGCCCCUGAAACUCGCUGUGGAUGCCUGAGGUGUCUUUUUAAAAACAUGUUCGGGGAUAAUUGGUUGCCAAGGGAAGACGUGAUCGAUGAACCAGAGUUGUCUAAAGGCCUCGGUGGUUGUUAUUGUUCUACCAGUUUCUUCCCCACUACCACAAAAACACAAGUGCUUGGAGUACAAUGUAUGGCCCUUGAUUGCAACAUUGUCUGGAUAAUAAUCGUAUUGCAAAAAAAAAAAAAAAAAAAAAAAAAA